GUGCCAUUCUCUUCCGUGAGGUCAGGCUGAGCGGCCGAUCGCAACUCGGUGCAUUCCAAAGGUUUUUUGAACUAUGCAUAAUAUCUCCACAUAUUCCUUCUUUCGUGCAGACUCUCUGCAUCCACGGGUAUCAUCGAGGUCCCACCCUCCUUCGUCCUACACCCGAUACCGUUAACGCUAUCCUGCAAUUCAUGCAGUCUCAAAAUCAUCAAAUUUUACGACGUCACCAUCAGCGAUUUGUGCGAUGGAUCCCUGGCACGGCUCUCAUCCCACCCUUUCCGGGAGAUACAUCUUUAUGACGUCUUCUUUCACGAGAACGGGUUCGACCAGAUGUGCGCCGUCUUACAAGGAUCUCCAGACUUGGAACGGCCAUUUGUACAUCAUACUGGUGCGAUGAGAGUAUCGAUGUUUAAUGGUGACGAAACCAGCCAGCCAAGACUGGACCACACGCACCUUACGCGUCGUGGACCUCGUAUCCGAGACCUGAGCAUCGUGAGCAGGUAUUCAUACAGGUGUCCCGCCUUCAUCGAAGCGAUCCUGGAUACGAAACCAUGCCCCGUGUCUAUAGAAAAGCUGCGACGGUUUGCGUUCAGUCUUAGCAAGACCAUCGACUUCCAGCAUCUCGCCAAAAUGCUCAGACUGACAUCGGCCACCCUUCGGGUUCUCUCGCUGACAUUCAACUGUCCAAGCGCUUGGCAUUCUCUCCCUUUGAGUGGGCUUCCUAUCGUCAGAAUUGGGCAUUUGCGAAAGGUUGCUUUCAUGGUUACAUCUGGGCGCGAUGGAGUUCAUUACUUACAAUGGUGGAUCCAAAGCCUAGGGAGAGUAAUACAGUCCGAUCAAACUCCCGCUUUACGGGUCAUGGACAUCGAAUUGGGUCCUUCAUUGUUGCGGAACCCAGCAUCGCAGCCAGCGUGGGGCGAGUUCGACCAGAUCCUCUCAAGCGCCCCAUUUGACGAAGGGUUCCGAAUGCUGACUAUAAAAGUUCAGAAGAGAUCGCCCGAAGACGUGCGGGAAGAAAAUACGCUGCCUCUGUUUCCGGGGACCCCAGGAGCGAGGUCCUGGGAAAACACCGAAGUUAGGGCCAGGAAACUUAAAGCUCAGUUCCCUCGGCUUGAAGGGAAGAGUAGACUUUCUGUCAAAGUCAUAAAGCUUUAAAUCCAACGUCAAUCGCAACCAAAUACGAAAAUAUUGAUUAUCUCAUAAAUGAGGUAGUUUACAGACUCGAGACAAUGUUUGACCAGUAAUGUUCAGUAAAUGAAUGAAUUUUUUACAUACACGGUUCAUUUCCCUACUGAUUGCACAACAGUUUUAAUAUCGUUUCACCCUACUGGGCCACAGAUCACCCAUUGUCGUGUUCCCUCUCAAUGUCAGCCUGGGUCAGUAUUGGCCCUAGGCGUGAGUGAAACUAAUAUCAACCCUCGAGAAGAUGUCA